AUAAAGAAAGAUCAAAAAGCUUUGAAGCUUAGAGAGAUCAAGCGAGUGAGAGUAGUGUAGAAGCAAACCCCCACGAUCUGCCCAGUCUUCUUCGAUCGGAGCUUUCAGACAUUCCGACAAAAGCCAAAAAGGUUUCUUCUUUUUUGUUUCUGGGAGAGUUUUGUUCUCCCUCUGUUAAGAAAAUGGACCGGUACGGUCGCGCCGGUGAAGAAGGGUCGCGAUCGGAUCCGUCGAUUCAGUGGACCUCUCAUGGAGUCGAAACUUCGAUGGGGCGGUUAGCGUUAGGAGGAGGAGGAGAAUCGUACCCGGAGCGAUCCGAUGAGCCUGAUUGUAUUUAUUACUUGCGAACCGGUGUUUGCGGGUACGGGUCAAGGUGUCGGUUUAAUCACCCGCGCAAUCGUGGAGCGGUUAUUGGAGGAGGAGAUGGAGGUUUACCGGAGAGGAUGGGACAUCCGGUUUGUCAGCAUUUUAUGAGAACGGGGACAUGUCAGUUCGGUGCUUCUUGCAAGUAUCAUCAUCCUAGGCAAGGAGGUGGUUCGGUUGCGCCUGUCUCGUUAAGUUAUUUGGGAUAUCCAUUACGCCAGGGAGAGAAAGAGUGCUCUUAUUACAUGAGAACCGGUCAGUGUAAAUUUGGUUUGACCUGUAGAUUCAACCAUCCCGUCCCACUACAACCUCAACAGCAGCAGCCGCAACCGCAGCUACAGACUAUAUAUCCAACACUUCAGUCUCAACCAAUGCCUUCGUCUCAACAGUAUGGUUUAGUUUUGUCAAGACCUUCUCUUCUACCUGCUUCUUAUCUUCCAAGUCCUUACGGUGGUCCUCCUCCAAUGGUUAUGCCUCCUGGAAUGGUUACAUAUCCUAGUUGGAACCCUUACCAGGCUUCUUUAACAGCAAUGCCUUCACCUGGAACACAACCAUCGAGUUCUGUUUAUGGUAUCGCGCCUUUAUCUCCUUCAGGGCCUGCUUAUACAGGAACGUACCAAUCUGGUGGACCUUCCUUGACUACAUCAACAGAACAAUCUUUUCCUCAGCGUCCUGAUCAACCUGAGUGUCAAUACUUCAUGAGAACCGGUGACUGUAAGUUCGGAUCUUCGUGUAGAUACCAUCAUCCUCCUCUAGAUGCAGUUCUUCAACCUAAAACUGGUGUUCUCCUCAACUCCAUUGGCCUUCCACUACGCCCCGGCGUAGCGCAGUGCACUCACUUUGCGCAACAUGGAAUCUGCAAGUUUGGACCGGCGUGUAAGUUUAAUCACUCUAUGAGUUCUUCACUUAGCUACAGCCCAUCUGCUUCAUCUCUAACCAAUAUGCCUGUGGCUCCAUACCCAAUUGGAUCAUCAGCUCCGAUAAGUUCGAGCAAUGAACCCACCACAGAGGCUGUGACUGCUGUAGUUUCUUCUCCCAUGGUUAGUGGCUUGAGCCAACAAGAGGCAGCUGGAACCAGUUGCGACUCCGCUAUAGAAGCUAAGGCUUCUUCAAGUUAAAAUAGAAACAAGAGAGGAAAACAUCCUCUGAUUCUUCAUGAACUAAAACAACAUUAAGAAAAGAGAAAAGAAGAUUAUUUUUUGGGGUCUGAGAUUUGAUAGAAGCAGAGAGACCAAACCAAAGCUUCUGUCAUUUACCAUUUGUCCAUAUAUUAAUAGAUUCUCUCUCUCAUACGGCCAUAUCUCUUGUUUUUUUUCUGUCCUUGUAAACAACGGUUACUGCUAAUAAAUGGCCUUAUUCACGUGA